AUGGUGCUACCAACGAUAAAGCAAGAACCCCGUGAACUAUCGUCGGAAGCAGAGGUGAACGAGAACGAACUUACUGGGCCCAAUGGACGGUCACGAAGUGAAACACACCUGACUCGUGAAGAACGAAGACGGCGGCGACGAGCUACGGCAAAAUAUCGAACAGCGCAUGCCACUCGGGAACGAAUACGGGUCGAGGCAUUUAAUGUGGCUUUCGGAGAACUUCGGAAAUUGCUCCCGACUCUACCGCCAGACAAGAAACUAUCCAAAAUUGAAAUUCUUCGUCUAGCCAUAUGUUAUAUAUCAUAUUUGAAUCAUGUGUUGGAUGUAUAG